GAAGGAUCUCUUGAACGCUCUGAUCCGUGGGGAGUAGAUAUUAUUAUACCUAUGUAUAUAGGAACUCUUAAUGAAGAACCUAACGAGGAUCGAAUUUCGUACAUACUAAUCCAAGUCAAAAAUUUGACCAAAGACGUAAAAGAUAGGGGUUAUCCACAAUCUGCAACAGUUUUGUUAUCACCAUCAAAUGCAGAAAUCGAAAAACUUCCGCAUAUGCCGUUUUUAUCGUUGUACAUGCAGUUGGGGUCAUCAAAGGAGUUUUCUGAAGAUCCAUCUAGAAUAAUUGAAACAAAAAGGGCAGGUAGUCGGAAACGUAAACUUGAAGAAGCUUUGAAUGAUUACA